UCGACUGUGUUUCUCCGAAGAAAAGCAAUCCAGUAAAAAAGAUCAAGUGCACUGCCRCKCUAGACAGACAAACUUCCGGUGGAACCGUGGAGGGGUGUGACGAGAGAGAGAGAGAGUAUGUCUUCGGCUAACGCAACUACCGCUACCGUCACGGCAACCGGCGCCGGUGCAACCACCACGAGCAGUAACCGGCAACAGGCGUAUUGGUGUCACGAAUGCGAUAUGAGCGUCUCUCUCUCGCCCAACUCUCCCUCGCUCCAUUGCCCAUUCUGUCAAGGAGACUUCCUCGAAGAAAUGGAGUCCCCUCUCUUCCCCUUCUCCUCCUUCCCUUCUAACCCUAACCCUAACCUUAACCUUGAUAACGACCUCUCCACCCACCCUCAUUUCCCUCCUCCCCUCGACCCUUUCUCCAUCCUUUCCCCUUCUCAUAUCCUUACACCCACUACCGACGACGAUCUCGACGCCGACGAUGAGUCUCUCGACAUCCCCGCUGCUGUCCGCCUCGCAACCUCCUCCUCCGGCUAUCUACUUGACAGUCCCUAUUUCGAUCGCUUGAUCCAGCAUCUCGCCGAUCCCGACGACGAUCCCGACACGCUCCUUCCCCCCGGCUCCACUCCCGCUUCCAAGGCCUCCGUCGAGUCCAUCCCCACCAUCAAGAUCAGCGGCAACUUCUUGGCCUCUGACACAAUUCUAUGCGCCAUCUGCAAGGAUGAGUUCGAGAUCGACGGUGAGGCCAAGCAGUUGCCUUGCAAGCACAUCUACCAUUCCGAUUGUAUUUUGCCUUGGCUGUCACAGCACAAUUCAUGCCCCGUUUGUCGGUUUUGUCUGCCGACCGACGAAGCCGACCGGAGACCCUGUCGAAGAACAAGGGUUGCGGUGAGGUUCGGAAAUUUGAUCGAUGACGAUGAUUUUUUUGGAAUAGGGAAUACUUUGAGGCAUAUUGCUAGGAGGCACAGGCUUGUGUUCCCUGCGAGGUCAACGGCGGUGGAUUCUACUCAGAUGGCACAAGUUGAGACAAGCUCGGCAGGGCCUGCCAACAGUGGGGAGACUGUGUCUAGCCGACCAGUUGAGGGAGGGAGUCGUGUGGGUGUUGGUGGAAGUUCCAGAGUAGAUGAGGAUGGUGAUACUGUAAUGUCUGAAGUUAGGGAAUUCUUGUUCGAUUAGGUAGAGGUGGUUGUUCGGAUUCUCUUUUUCCAAACCUCAGGCCCUGGGGGUUAUCAAGUCUUAUGGUCUCAGCCAAUCACCUCAUUGUCCGAAGUCAAGGUUCAAAAAUAUCGAUACAGUGGCGUAUCGGUCGAAUCGAUACCGCAUUUUUAUAUAUUUUUUUAUUUUUUUGCAACCAGUUCAGGGGUUGGUUCAGGUCUUCUCCACCCCCUGAACCAGUCAGACCCCGAUACAUUUAUUGUAGCCUUGUAGGGGCAUAUUAGAGGGGUUCCAGAAUGAUACAUAGUGGUUUAUAUGGAUUGAUACGUGUUGAUACUUUGAACCUUGGUCCAAGUAUAUCCAGAUGAAUUGGGCUAGAUUGGUUUGGUCA